CACAUUCUUUGAUUGCCAUCUUGAACACCAGUUCCCAAAAUUCCGCAGUGGAAGAGAAGCUGUCGUGCUUAUGUUUUGCUGUGGCUUUUUGUAAUUAUUCGGGUUCGUGGAGCCACUGAGCCCGAGGAGGAAGACAGUCCGCUGUGUUGUUCAUUUUUUUUGGAUUGUGGGGGGGGCUGUGAAACUGGUAUCUGAUAUAGAGGCGGCUCGUUUAGACUGUUUUCAGAAUAGUGGGUGCGAUAAAAGGUGCAAAAUAGUCUGCCUUUGUUUUGUGUUGCCAUGGACAAGGAUUGGCAGGUGGAAUUCAGAAACGUGGGUCGCAGUUACUUCCCUCAGAGCAGAGUCGAGUGCCACUACACACUCAGCUCACAGCACAACUGGGUCAGCAAUGACUGGAUAGGGCUCUUCAAGGUGGGAUGGUCAUCGGUGAAAGACUACCACACAUUUGUUUGGGCAUUGGCCCCGGCUGACUAUCAAGAGGGCACAGAUGUCAACUGCUGUGUGCAUUUCCAGGCCUCCUAUCUACCCAAGCCCAGCUUGCAAGAAUAUGAAUUUGUAUACAUCGACUCUAAGGGGGAAGUGUGCUCCCGCAGCUCCAAAUUCAUUUUCUGUGCCCCGAAGCCACUUGAGGAUGUGGUGACCCUUGAGGAGGAGCCCCAUGGAGAAGAAGGCACAGAUAUGCUCCUGGUAGUACCCAGGGCUGAACUGCUGCAGAGCCGACUCCAGGAAUGUCUGCGAGAGCGAGCUGAACUGCUGCAGGUGCAGGAGGCUGCAAACAGGAAAAGGGAGAAAGAAAAGGAGGAGUACAAGAAGGCGAGGGAGGCCUGGGAAAGACGAUGCAAAGAGCUGGAGAAUGAUAUCACCAGGAUGCAGGAAGAGCUCAAGCAGAAUCACGAGAAGCUCGGGGAGAUGGAGAGGAAACAGAAGGAGGAGCAGGCUUUAGGAAACUUACUAGCCCAGGAGAAAUGUGCUUUAUUGGAAGCGAGGGAGGUGAGUGAAGUGCGAAUCAGAGAGUUGGAGGAGGACAUCAAAACCUUGACUCAAAGAACUGUGGAAAGGGAGGCCGAGCUGGAAAGGAUGAAGGAAAGAGCAAAGAGGGCUGGAGCUCAGAGGAAAGAAGAAGAGAGUGAGAGGAAAAGCCUGCAGACCAAGCUGGAACAGACAGAGAGUGAACUCAGAAGCCUGUCUAAGGAGUUUCAGGGUCUGAGGAACUCCCUAGCUCAGAGAGACACCAGUGUCCUACAGCUCCAAAACACCAUCACCACCCUCACCCAGAAACUGGCCACUGCCCACAGGAAAGAGGCGGAGAGCGAGGCAGCACUGAAGGAGAUGAGGAGCCUGCAGGAGCGUCUUAACGCGAGUGAGCAUGCUGCAGAGUGCUUGAAGAGUGAUCUAGGUGCCAUGGUGGCCCAGAGGGAUCACGGGCAGGCCGAAUUGCAUCAGGCUCGUCUGCAGGCUGCUCAACUCACACUUCAGCUUGCAGAUUCCAGUCUGGCCCUCAGAGAAGGAAGAGCGCAGUGGGCUCAGGAACGGCAGAACCUGCAGUGCACUUCUGAGAGGGACCGUAAGCAUCUAGAGAAACUCAAUACGGAGAUGCAGAGGAUGGAGGAGAGGCUGCAGGAGGAGAGGAUGGAGAGAGUGAAGCUGGAGGUUGAGCUUGGACGAGAGAAGGACUGCCACCGGGUUCAGCUGAGUGAAACUCGCAGGGAGCUUCAGGAGCUCAAGGCUAGCCUAAGGGUCGCCCAGAAAGAGAAGGAGCUGCUACUUGCAGAGAAGCAGGAGUUGAUGGAGUAUAUCUGUCAGCUGGAGCAGAGGAUUGGAACUGUGGUCAGUGCCAAGUGGAGUGCUGCCCCAAUUGCCACCACAGCAGGGCGCCCUGAGAGUGGGUUAUCUGACUCUGAGGAUGAGAACCCAGAGGCCUUGCAGCCCCUCCGUCCCCCCAGACCUCUGGGGCAUUACAGCCUAUGUGAGCAGGGCCAGCCUGACUCCUUGCUCCUUGCCACUCCUCCGUCCUCCCCCAGGGAGAUGGAGUCGAGGGCUGUGGUCAUCAACCAACCAGCCCCUUUCUCCUCACCACACCAGGCCAGAGUUGACACCCUGCCACACAGCUCUGAUUCGGAGGAAGAAUCUGAUGCACUUCAGGAAGGAAGGCACAGCUCUGGAGAGGAAACAGCACUUUUGCUGCCUGAGCACAGAGACAACAUUCUCAGUGAUCUGGCCGACACCUCGCUAUGGUAACCAGUGGACAUCUUGCCACGGCCACAACGGGAUCAAAAGGAGGAGAAGAGGCACUUUCCUGGAGUUAGUGUGGUUCCACGCUUCUUCCACUAACAGCACUCACUACAAAGACAAAAUGUUAAUAUGCAAUUUAUAUCUGCAGUGGACCUUGAUUGUUCUAGAUUGUCGUGUUAUUUGCCCAAUUGGUUUGUUGUUAGAAAUGACAUAAUGCUUGUGGUGGAGGGUCAACACCAUGUUUAUGACUGACAUAAGAUUGUAGCACAGUUUGUAGCAGUGGGCUUUUAGGCCUGGACUGUGGCGUUUGAGAGUUUGCAGGAUGUAGCAGAAUGAUUUCUGUUGAAUCAUUGCUGUGUCGAGAGCUUUACGACGGAUGUUAUGUCGUUUUUAUGACAUUUGUGAUUAGAAGUCAU